GCCCGAUUCCGCCUCCCCCGCCGCCGCCAAGCCCGAUCCGGAGAUGCCGCCCCGGAGAUCCCUCGCCGGCGGCGGAGGAAAGCUCAAGAAGCCGCUCACCGGCAAGCUCCGCGCCGCCGCCGAGGAGCGCCUCACCCAGCUCCGCGCCAAGUUCCGCCUGCACCCGCCGGCGGCCCCGCCGGCCUCCCUCGCCGCCCACGAGGCCGCGCUCCGCUCCGUCGGCCUCCUCGAUUUCGCGCGGCUGGACCUCCAGUCCGAGCCCGCGCGCCCCGACCUCGUCUCCCAGCUCGUCGCCUACUACGACCCGGCCCAGCACCGCAGCUUCGUCUGGGACACCCGCCUCGCCGUCUCCCGCACCGACUUCGCGCGCGCCCUCUCCCUCCCGCCCAGGCCCGCCCCCGCGGCCUCCCCGCCCGACGACGUCGACCCCGCCGCGCUGGUCUCCGCCGUCCUGGAGUUCAUGCGCGUCUACGUCCUCCCCGCGUUCACCGGCGCCGACAUGUGCGUGUUGCCGCCGGAGGUGGCCGCCGCGGAACAGGCGGUCAAGGACGAGUCCGCGCAUAGGGUUGACUGGGCCGGCCUGAUCUGGGGCCUCGUCGAGAAGGAGAUCCUCGAGCUGCCCAAGAGGGAUGACGGGGUGUGCUACUUCGGGCCGUAUCUCCAGAGGCUCAUCUUGGCGCAGAAGCCGGAUCUGUUGAAGCCGCUGGAGGAUGAAGAGAAAAGGGAGGCUGCCCUGGAGGUGGUGUCUUUAGAGGACGACGAUGAUGAUGGCGAUGUGGCCAAGAGCCCAGAUGAUCUGGAGCCGAGGGAUGCGAAUGCUGAUGUGACAAGCAAUCCUGUGGAAGAAGCAUCAGAGAUGGAUGUUGCACCUGUGAGGAGCAAUAUCUUGGACGAGUCGGAGCCCGGGGAUGCAGAUGGUGACACAAAGAGCAAGAUCUUGGAGGAACCAGAGAUAAAGGGUGCGUCUUCGAGGAUCAAUGACUUGGAGGCGUUGAAGCCAGGGGAUGCAGAUGCUGAAAUGAGUAGCAAGGAAAUCUUGGAGGAAUCAAAGAUAGAGCGUGCACACAAUAACUUGGAUGAGCUGGAAGCGGGGGAUGCAGCUGCUGACACGAGUAGCAAGGAAAUCUUGGAGGAAUCAAAGAUAGAGAGUGCACACAAUAACUUGGAUGAGCUGGAGGCGGGGGAUGCAGAUGCUGACAUGACUAGCAAGGAAAUCUUGGAGGAAUCAAAGAUUAAUCUUGAUGAGUUGGAGGCAGGGGAUGUAGAUGAUGAUCUGAGGAGCAAGACCUUGGGUGAAACAGAGGCAGAUGGUGCGCAUUUGAGGAGCAGUAACUUGGACGAGCAGCUGGAGUCGGGGGAUGCAGAUGCUGAGACGAGGACCAAGAAUAUCUUGGAGGAAUCAGAGAUAGAGGGUGCACAACCUUUGAAGAGCAAUAACUUGGAUGAGCUGGAGUCUGGGUAUGUAGAUGCUGACAUGAAGGAAACCAUGGAGGAAUCAAAGAUAGAGCUUUUGAGUAGCAAGAACUUGGAUGACUUGGAUUCAGGGGAUGUAGAUGUUGAUACAAGGAGCAAAACCUUGGAGGAAUCAGAGACAGAGGGUGCGCGUUUGAUGAGCAGUAACGUGGACGAGUUGGAGUCUGAGGAUGUGGAUCUGAGGAGCAAGAACAUGGAUGAUUUAGAGUCGGGGGAUGUGGAUGCUAAUGCAAGGAGCAAGAUAUCAGAGGCAUCGAUGGUGGUGGAUGAUGAUGCAAAUGACAUGAACUUGGAUGAACCAAAUGUGGGGGAUGAAUUGGGUCUGGAUUUUGUUGCACCGGAACCACUAGCUGUUAUUCAUGAAGCGAGGACUUCAAAUGACGAGGUUCCAGGAAAGAAGUUAUGCGAGGGAGAUGAAGGUGUAUCAGUGAGUCCAGCACAGGAGGAUGGAAGUCCAGAGAUGGUGUCUAUGACACAGGAGGAAGUGCUAGCAGUGGCGGAGGAGGAUGUGGAGGAAGAAUGUGAAGAAGAGAGAGGCACAGCAGGGUGGAUCAGCUCUGCCAAUGACGAUGACAGUAUGGAUGCUGAAGAGAAUGCAUUUGUGCAAAAUCUGGAUGAGAGCGAUAAUGAGGAGGGAGAGGAGUCAGAGCAGGAUGGAUUUGAGGGGUAUAGGGGUGGGAUGGAGAUGGGUUGGAGGAUGGAGGAUGAGAAUGGGGGUGAGGGUGCAACAAAUUCCUUUCCGGGGAUGCAGUUCGAGAACUUGAAUAAAGGGAACGGAAUGAGGGAUGUCAUGAGCUUUGAUGAUGGAUUCUCUGAAAAAUUGGGAUCCUUGCAUGGGAUGGGAUCAACGAACCUCCUUCAGGCAAUGAAUUCGAUUCCCACGGAAUACAAUGGUACGGAGAACGUACAUGAUCUUCCCUCUGGAGAAUUCUUGGCUAUGGGAGCUGAUGCACAUAAGAAUGGAGUGGACCUGGGGACUGGGAGUUCAUUUUUAUUUGGAAAUAAUGGGAAAAGGCACAUUGGGGAUAUUGACGGGUACAAUGACCAGAUGGAAGCACAGCAGCAGUUUCUGCAGGGCAAUCAACAAAAACGUGCUCGGAACUGCAACAAUAGUGUAUCAUCUGGAUCAGCAUUCUUUAAUGCAAAUAUUUCAGAUCCAAUACAUACCUUGUUGUUGAAGGCCAGCAUCUCCUAUGAACAGAAGGAUAGAGAUAUUCAAGAAGCGCUGUCACAGAAACAAUAUAUGGCCAACUUGCUGCAGGAGAAGGACACAAUUAUUCAGACGUUAAACGCAGCCAGGUUUGAGCAAGAGAAUAAGUAUCAAGCAAAGCUUAGGUACUUUGAGCAUGAUCUGAAUGUGAUGGGCCAGUUGGUCAGUGGCUAUAAGAAGGCUUUGAAACAGAGUCAGGCCUCUUUCAGUGAGUACAGAAAGAAGUUCCCUUCGAACAAGUUCCGUUAUCAUGAUGUUCCUAAUAGUGGAGGCCUUGUUGUUAGCGUCAAUGAGUUGGAGAGGAAACGGCAGGAGGAAGAGCAGCAGAAACUUGCUGCAGCAAAUGAGAUGAUUGAAAAUUUCCAGCAUCAAUGGUUUUCAAAGGCUGAAGAUUGGACAAACCAAAUCGUCUCUUUGGGCAGCAACAUAGAAGAGCUGGCUAGGGAGAUUGAUCUUCUAAAGGAAAAAAGAGAAGCGAAGUUUGCAACAGUGGCUACAGAAGAAUUAGUUCUCUGAUAGUUAGAGGUUGUAAUGUGAAGAUGGGACUCUUGGAUGGUGCGCUCCAAUUCAUUCGAUGCCUUGCAUCAACGGCAGCCGCGAAUCAGCAGCUGUAGCUACAUUGUUGUGCAUUUGUAGACUGUAGCGAAGACUUCAUUAUUCCAGCUGGAACUUAAAUGUAUCGUUGUCGAAGGACAUUUUAAUGACUAGUACUAGUGCUAUAUUAGAGGGCCUUUUGGUUCAGUUAAUUGGCUCAAUUCCUGCAUAUGGACUAUGGUACUAGCUGUUGCUAGGUGGGCCUUGAGAUGAAGCAAAUCUCUCGAAGCUGAUGACAACUUCAAGUCAUAAACUGCAGACAAAAAUAUUUCUCUUCAUGUGAGGAAGACGAAGUAGGGGAUUCAGUCCAGGUGAUUAUCAAAUUAAGAUGAGAUGUAAGUUCCAAUAUUCACAGGAAGUUCCUAUUUAACAAACAAACCAACCAAGCAUUUUCAUUGCAGGUAA